AUGGGGUCUUCCACAGCUUCCUUGGCAAAGUUUCACAAAUCUCCCAAUCUCACGCUCUUCUGCACGUUCCUUUUCAUCUCGAGCAUCCCAUUUUCGGCAUGCGAGAUCAAGGAUGUCAGGAUCGCGGACGAUCCAAGGUUCAUGAUCCUGUUCGAGAGGUUCGGGUUCAGGUCAGAUGGCCGCGUCAUUGUGUACGUGGAGAACAUCUCCUACAAGUCGAACCGCCCCUAUCCCAGUUCUCCUCUCGAUCCAUCCCGAAUGGGCUUCUUCCUAGUAAGAGACCGAUUGUUCCCUCAUGUCGUUAACAACCAAGGACACAUGGAUCACCUCUGUGCCUUAUCGAGUGAGUACGUGAAACCCAUGUUUCGGUUCAGCGACCUUACUAUCGGCUCUACUUACAAUAGCACGGUGGUGAUCUCCAACCCGGACGAGUACAAUCUUGUUUUCGCAAAUUGUCUCCCGGAUUAUAAAGUGUCGAUGACCGUUCACACCGAGAUGUACAAUUUGCACUACGGGGACAAGAAUUUCCUCCCGGCAGGACAAACUCAACUGCCUAGGAUGUACUUCUUGAUUUUCCUAACAUAUUGCGGAUUUUUGGCCGUAUGGGUGUUCAUAUGUGUACAUCGAAAACCAGUUCUAGACAAGAUUCAUUGGUGGAUGUCUGCCCUGUUGCUCUUCAAGGCAUUGAAAUUGUUGUGCGCGUCUGAGGACAGAGCUUACAUUGCGAAAACCGGCACUCCCCAUGGUUGGGACAUAGCAUUUUAUGUGUUUGCAUUCUUCAAGGGCACGUUGCUUUUCACCGUGAUAGCCCUGAUAGGGACCGGGUGGUCGGUCCUGAGGCCGUUCCUCCAGGACCGCGAGAAGAAGGUGCUAAUGACCAUAAUACCCUUACAGGUCCUCGAGAACAUGGCUUACGUGGCCGUGGAGGAGGCAGGCCCCGCGAUAAGGAACCCGGCCUGGUGGAACUUUGUGUUCCUGGUCAUCGACCUCAUGUGCUGCUUCGCAGUCAUCUUCCCGGUCCUGUGGUCGAUCAGGGCCCUCAGGGAGUCGGCCGGCCGGCCUGGAGGGGAUACGAAGGCGUACCGGAGCCUCGAGAAGCUCACACUUUUUAGGAAGUUCUAUAUGGUGGUCGUUGGGUACUUGUACUUCACUAGGGUUGUGGCUCUGGCAUUGGGAGCAUUGUUGGGCUAUAGGUUUGAGUGGUUGGUGGCUUUGACUGCUGAGGGUGCAAGCUUGGGAUUCUAUGGGUUUGUCUUCUGGAAUUUCCAGCCGGUUGAUAAGAAUCCUUACUUGAUGAUCGGUGGCGAAAGCGACGAUAACAUCAUCGAGAUUUCUCGAAUUUAUACAUUAGAUGAUGAGGACGACAGUGACUACGAAGACGAAGAAGACCAUGAUGAAGAAGAAGAAUAA